AAAUUCAUGAGACCUAUCGUGUUUCUCUUCUCCUUCGUUUCUCCGGAGACGAAGCUCUCGAGGUGGGAAUCCAUGGCGACUGGCGACCAGAAGAAGAACAAAGAGCCGUGCAAGAAGGAGGCAUGCGACAUCCAAGCUUGCCUCACUAAGAACAAUUUCAAUCCUCAGAGGUGCCUCAAGGUCAUUGAGUUGCUGCAAUCGUGCUGUGAGAAAUGCGAUUAUAAUUCGACUCAUUGUGCUUCUCUUUCUGGACUCCUGAAAUCAAACACCAAACGAAAUUUGUAAUUCUGAUGCUGCUUAAGGUUUACCAUGGAUUGGGGGAGGUUUCCAAAUGAUCUCUUUUAAGUAUUUGCUCUCGGAUCCUCGUGUGAGAAAGGAACACUUAAUGGAGAUGUUGUCAUGGCGUUGCUACAUGAAGAUAGCUUUUACUGACAGUUAUUUUUGACAAAGCAUUGCUUCGUAAUAUAUUUGUCUUUAAUAACACUUCUACUGGUCACUAUAAAUUGAAAUCCCAUUUGCUGGCAUUCGUGCUCUCUUUAUUAAGCCUUCACUGAUGGGAAUGAGUUUGGAAAAAUUUGCUGAACAUUUUGAUUGUUCUGGAAUUUUUUAUGGGAAGGCCAUUAUUUUCUUAA